AUGGAAAUAAGGAUGAGGUUUUCUAAGUUUUUGUUUUCAUUGCUACUUGGGAUAAUUGUAGCAUGCGUUUCAGGCUCUUUGCAUUCGAACGCCGUAGUUUACAUAUCUUCAUUCGAUGAAGCCAGUAACUACGUCCCUUCACUGAAUCCUUCUGAAGCGCGGCUCAUUUUUGCUCACAUGUUGGGCAUUUCUCAGUUUCAUAAACUAGAGGGAAAUCCUAAGGCCGAUAAGCUGCUUCAGGAGUUGCUACAACAGGAAAAUUCACUUUCUUCUUUUUUUGAUUUCAAUUACAAGACGUUUCUUACCGUUUCCGGCUUGAAUCUGGAAGAACCAGUGAAAGAGAUAAACCCAACAUUCUUCAUAAAAGACACUCCUUCCAGCAACUCCUUUGGAGCUUUAAUUCGAAGGUUUCAAAAACAAUUGAAUGCCGCAGAUGGGAAAGAACACAGAACGUUUUAUACUAAUGAUUUGGGUGGUUCACUGUCAGUUCAUGCCCUUUUUCAAUUGCAUCCUAUAAAGCAAGAUGACUUGCUUUUACUACAUCUUUACGAAAGGCUUUUUGGAAAAGUAACUGCCACAUUCUUUGAUAUUAACAAAAAGCAAGACCAAAUCUUCUUGUCAGAAGUUGCUGCUUUGUACGAGUACAUUGAGUAUCUGAAAAUGAAGUCCGACAGUGGAAACGUUGCAGAUCCUUCCAUCGGCUUUGGUCAAAUCGUUUCUUUAGAGAUAAUGUAUCAUACUGAUGGUGCAACUUCCGAAAAGUACAGGAUCGCGCAGGACAAUAUUAUUUCGCUUUUAUUGCAAUUGAAGCAAUACUCUUCUACAAAUUAUGUUCUCCUUCCUCCUUCUGAUUUAAAAGCACGGAGUGCUAGAUAUCAAAAGCGUCAACUUGAUCUAGAAGCAUUUGGUGAAGAGAUCGACCGAGUAGUGGCCAGCAACGAUCGAAACGCCAAUGGAAGCUGCUUUAUGACGGAGGAAGCCUGUAAAAAGACAACUAAUUCCUGUUCUGGUAGAGGCGAAUGUGUAAAAUAUGCGAAUAAGGAUUCUUGCUUUGUUUGUCAAUGCGCUUCCACCGUUAUCACUGCUGGUAAUGGUGGAAACAGGACGAUCCAAUGGGCUGGAGAAACAUGUGGAAAGCAAGAUAUAUCGAUAGAAUUUCAGUUUUUCUUUUGGUUCGCUAUAAUCGGUUUUGGCCUACUCGUAUUUUGCAUAAAGUUACUCUUUAGUGUUGGACAAGAGGAAUUAGCAAAUGUUUUAACGUCUACGACGCCUAUAACGAAGAAGAAUAUCUAA